CCGGCUUCAUUAAUCAUUAACCCGCAACGAACUGCGGAGGUUAUUUAUGAUUCAUAAAAUAUGAAGAAAUCAUACGUUAAAAACACUGAACUGUAAUAAAGACUUUACCUGAAUAUUAUAUAAUAUAAAUUAUACACUUUUCUUAACGAAUUGCCGGCAAAGAAGUGAUAAAAAUGUAUGCACGAAUCGGUACUUAUGGCUGGAACGGCUUGCAAAGAAAACUUAAUCUAUCUAGUCCAAAAAAAUACAGCAAUGGGAUCUUGAAAAAGAAGGAGAAUUAUUCGAACAGUUUGCUGCCUGGUAAAGUGUAUCAUGGAUUCAUGUGUACAGAUGUAGAACCGAUCAAAGAAUAUAAUAUGACUGCUUAUUUUUUAACACAUGAAAAAACUAAGACUGAAUACUUGCAUUUAGAAAGAGAUGAUGGUAAUAAUGUAUUUUCUGUUGGCUUCAGAACAACACCCAAGGACUCAAUGGGUACACCACAUAUUCUAGAACAUACAGUUUUAUGUGGUUCAGAAAAAUACCCAGUGCGAGAUCCAUUUUUUAAAAUGUUAAAUCGUUCUCUCGCUACAUUUAUGAAUGCAUUAACGGGCCCUGAUUAUACAUUCUAUCCGUUCUCUUCUCAAAAUGAAAUAGACUUUAGAAAUCUUCAGAAAGUGUACUUAGAUGCUGUAUUUAAACCUAACUUAAAGAGACUCGAUUUCCUACAAGAAGGCUGGAGGCUAGAACAUGAGAAAUUAGAGGAUAAAUCGUCUGAAUUAGUAUUUAAGGGUGUUGUUUAUAAUGAAAUGAAGGGAGCAUUCUCUGAAACUAGUUCGCUAUUUGGCCAAAGAUUCAUAAAUACAAUCUUACCGCAGGGCACUUACGGUUAUGUCUCUGGUGGAGACCCACUAUGCAUUCCUGAACUGACACAUGAGCAUUUAAAGAAUUUCCACGCAACUUUCUACCACCCAAGUAAUGCCAGGAUAUUCUCCUAUGGCAAUUUUCCAUUGGAGCAUAACUUGAAAUUCGUAAACGAUACAUACCUUAGCAAGUAUUCGUACUUAGAUCCUAAAAAUACAAUUGUGCUGCCGCAAGAAAGAUGGAAUGCGGUGAAACGUGCUACAACUCCGUGUAGAGUUGAUCAAUAUGGUGGUCCAAUUGAAAAACAGAAUCAGAUAGCAAUCGGUUAUGUAAUGUCUGAUAUAACAAAUGUAUAUGAAACGUUCAUGAUGACUGCGCUAGCCGAACUGAUGAUAAUUGGCCCUAAUUCUGCUUUCUAUAAGAGCUUGAUUGAAAAGAACAUAUCUGGUGGUUAUAAUUCAUUAACUGGUUACGAUAAUCAAAUACGAGACACCUUAUUUGUUGUAGGCUUGAAAGACGUUGAAAAAUCGAACUUUGAAGUGAUUGAAAAACUCACAAAUCAAACUAUCGAGGAGAUACAUAAGAAUGGUUUUGAGAAAAAUCAUAUUGAGAGUGUUUUACACGGUUUCGAGCUAUCGAUUAAGCAUCAAACUCCGAGAUUCGGACUUAAUGUACUUUUCAAUUUGAUGCCACUAUGGAAUCACAACGGUCCAAUGCUUAAAGCAUUGAAAGUGAAUGAAUUAUUGGAUAAUUUAAAGGCCAAUUUGAUGAAUCCACAAUAUGUUAAAGAUAUAAUCGAAAAGUAUUUCAUAGCAAAUAACCACAAACUUAUAAUGACAAUGGAACCAGAUCCCAAGUUUGACGACAUUUUUAACGAGGCUGAAGCAAAAUUACUUCAAUCUAAAGUAAAAGAAUUAACACCGGAAAAGAGAGAAGAAAUAUACAAAGAUGGUUUGGAAUUGUCAGAGGCGCAGAAGAAAGUGCAGAAUUUGGAUAUUUUACCGUGUUUGAAAAUUGACGAAAUAGCUCUCAGCAAGACGGCUUCAAAGUUAAAACAUACUGUAUCUGGUACCAUCCCAUUGCAGUUGUGUGAAGCGAAUACAAACGGUGUGACGUAUUUCAAAGGUGUCCUUGGAACAGAAUCGUUAAACGAUAAACAGAGACCACUACUACCGUUCUUCACUUAUAUUCUCGGCAAAUUCGACACGAAAUCCCACAACUACCGCGAUUUUGAUAAAUACGUAAGCAAAACUACUUCUGGCUUAAGCUUCGUUACACACGUAACUGAACACAUUGAUUUACAAGAACAAUAUGAACAAGGAAUGUUGAUUAGCAGUCAUUGUCUCGAUGAGAAUGUACCUAAAAUGUUGGAUAUAUGGACAGAAAUAUUAGAUGGACCCAAAUUUGAUAAUAAGGAGCGUAUGUCAAUGCUUUUAAAUAACUACUGCUCUUCUUUAACAAAUGGUAUUAUUGAUAGCGGUCAUACAUAUGCGAUGCAAGCUGCGCGCUCCCUUAUAUCGUCUGCUGAUGAAUGCAAGGAAAGUCUACAAGGAAUCAAACACAUAAUGGACAUGCAAGAAAUCCAAAAGACACAUAAAAUAGAAGAUAUACAAUCUAUUAUUCAAGAAAUCAGUAAAGAAGUACUGAGAGGAAGUAAUUUAAGAGGCGCGUUCCACUUUUCGAAUGGUAACGACAGUUUACAUGAAGAAAUUGACAGAUUUUGCGUAAAUUUGUGUAGAAACGAAGAUCUUAAAGAUGUGAAUAGAAUCAAUUUCACAGAUUCAAAAACGCAGCCGAAAGAAAGCCGCGGCUUACAUAUUUCCAUGAAUAUUCCUGUGAAUUACUGCGCUAAAGUUAUUCCAACGGUUAGAUAUACGCAUCCAGAUUAUCCAAAAUUGAGGGUACUUUCGCGGUUCAUAACGUCUAAGUACCUACAUCCCGUUGUCAGGGAACAGAACGGCGCAUAUGGCGGUGGCGCGAUGUUAUCCAUGGAUGGAGCUUUCAACUUCUACUCGUAUAGAGAUCCGAAUUCCCGGCUCACAAUGGAUGUUUACGAUCAAACAUCAGAAUGGAUGGACGCAAAUACCAACUUAGUUGAUGACCAGAAUCUCUUUGAAGCGAAACUAUCGAUUUUACAACAAAUGGAUGCGCCUGUGGCCGAAUACAUGAAGGGUGUCGAACUAUUCCUGUACGGUCUCUCUUACGAUAUCUGGAAGACGCAAAGAGAACGAGUUCUAGCAGUCACUAAGGAAGAUUUAUUAGAAGUCUGUCAAAAGUUUUUGACAGCUGACAAAUGGGCGGGAAAAUGUGUGAUUGGAGAAGGCGCAUCGCAACAGAUAUAUAAGGAUACGGAAUCUUGGGAAAAACUUUGCGGCCCUCAAGAAUAAACUGUGUAUUGCAAGGAAGAAAGACCUAUUUAGACUAUCAAGCUAAUAGCCUACGUAGGGGUCCUACAGACUUAAGAAACUUAGGCCGUCAAAGGAAUUUAGCCUGUGUGGUAAAUAGACGCUAUUUUUAAAUACAUCUGCAAGUGAGAUUGUGUACUGAAGAAGUGAACAUCCUAUCUGUUUGUUAUUCAAUAUGUUUAUGUCCAAGUUAGAAAUAUAUGGUAUAGUUUAA